AUGACGAUUGCGGACGAGGAAAAAAUUCUUACGCAGCCCCAAACCAGCCGAGGCGUGUUGCAGCCUUCAAAUGAUGGCCAACAAUCUCCCAGUGAUAGCUCCUCCCCCGAGUCGAAGUCGGAGGGGAUCAUCCCCCCUACUCGGCCCCCUUUGCGACCAGGCGCCUCAGGGAGCCGCCACUGGUCUGAAGGGCUCAUCAGGAAAAGGGACAGCGUGCCUCGCGACGACGGCAAGCGCGAGUUGACCGAGGAUGAGGCAUAUGAUAAGCUUGGAUAUUGUUGGCCGCGGUGGAAGAAAUGGACCUACCUGGCCGCUGUCGCGUUCGUGCAAGUCUCGAUGAACUUCAACACCUCCGUGUUCCCCAAUGCGGUUCAGCCUCUGUCGGAGGCCUUUAAGAUUGGCCAGCAGGAGGCCCGUACGGGCCAGAUGAUAUAUUUGGUCUUGUACUCCAUUGGUUGUGAGCUCUGGGCUCCAUGGAGUGAGGAAUUCGGUCGCUGGCCCAUCCUCAAUCUGUCAAUGUUCCUGAUCAACAUUUGGCAGAUUCCUUGCAUGGUCGCCCCGAACUGGGGCACCAUUGUUGUCGCCCGUGGACUGGGCGGUCUCUCCACGGCUGGUGGUAGCGUUACACUUGGGUUGAUCGCCGAUAUAUACGAACCCGACACGCAACAAUUCCCCCUCGCCUUCAUCGUGCUGUCUUCGUGUAUCGGAACCAGUAUUGGUGGUGUCAUUGGCGGUCCAAUUGAGCGCUUCUGCAAAUGGCAGUGGUUCUUCUACAUCCAGUUCAUCUUCGGCUUCGUUACCCAGGUUAUCAUUUUCUUCAUGCCCGAGAGUCGCUCCACCAUCCUUCUCGACAGGGAGGCGAAGCGUCGUCGCAAGACCGGCGAAGACCCCAACGUCUACGGACCCAACGAGCUCAAGAAGCCCGAGUUUCCUUCAAGGAAGCCGCCCAUCGUAUUCUGUCUGUCUCUUCUGUCGGGGUUCUCCGAUGCACUCAUCUUUAUCUUCCUGGAGAGUUUUACCCUCGUCUACCAGCAGGGCUGGGAUUUCGGUAUUCUUGCAUGCGCAUGGGCCGUCAUCCCCAUCAAUCUGGCAUACGUCCUGACCUACUUCUCCUACUUCCCAUGGUUCUGGCGAGAUGAACACCAGAUCAAGAAGUACGGCGAAGACUUUUUCGUUCCCGAGAGACGUCUUAAAUGGCUUCUCUUCCUGGCCCCAUUUGAGCCAAUCGGCUUGAUGGGCUUCGCGUGGACAUCGUUCGGAAAAUCCCGUGGCAUCCCGUGGAUCGCAUCCAUGAUUUUCUCCUGCAUGGUUGGAAUCGCCAACUACGCCAUCUACCUGUCGUCCGUGGACUACAUGAUUGCGGCAUAUGGUGUCUACUCCGCCUCCGCAUGCGGUGGGAACGCGUUCGCGCGUGAUCUGCUGGCCGGUGUCUCCGCCAUGUAUGCCACGCCGAUGUAUACCAACAUCGGUGACAAGUGGCAUGUCGAAUAUGCCUCCACGGUCCUGUCUUGUCUGUCUUGUCUGGUCGUGGCGCCUAUCUAUGUCUUCUACUGGAAGGGGCCGGAGAUCCGCAAGAGGAGUAAGUUCGCUGAAUCUCUCGCCGCGGACCGUAAGGAACAUGGUGGUCGUCGGGUCAGCAAGGCUGCGCCGGAGGAGUUGCCAUGA